GACCGACGCGUCUCCACGCUCAAAUCUUCAGCUUAUCAAACGCUUAGCUCACAAGUUAUUCUUAAAACAAAAGCAAAAGCAGAAGUAACUUGUCCUUUUUCUUUACUUGAUUAUUGACUAAAAGCAGCAGAAUUAGAAGCUUCAUAUUGUUUUCUUCAAUUGGCUGCCUACUGAGAGAGAGUAAAAGAAAGAUGGGCGUUUUGGCUGCUGCUUCUGUGCUUCCUUCAAAUUUCAAGCCUUCGCUCUCUCUCUCUCAUCACAGAGGAUCUUUGUUUCACUAUACAAGAACACCCAAGAAAAGAAACAGGGCCAUAUUUCCUGCAAGGGAUUCAAACUUGGGUGCAGAGCGGGAGCGCCAACUUGACUACGCUCAAGUUAAUGCAAGGCUAUUUGGGCCAGCAAUAUUUGAAGCAUCAAAGCUGAAGGUUUUGUUUUUAGGAGUGGACGAAAAGAAGCACCUAGGAAAGCUUCCAAGAACUUACACACUCACUCAUAGUGAUGUCACCUCAAAACUCACUCUGGCAAUUUCACAAACAAUCGACGACGCUCAGUUGCAAGGGUGGUACAACAAGUUGCAAAGAGAUGAAGUUGUGGCUCGGUGGAAGAAAGUCAAGAACAAGAUGUCUCUCCAUGUUCACUGUCACAUAAGUGGAUCUCAUUUUCUCUUGGAUUUGUUUGCAAGGCUCAGAUACUUCAUCUUCUGCAAAGAAUUACCUGUGGUUUUGAAGGCCUUUGUUCAUGGGGACUGCAACUUGUUCAACAGCUACCCAGAACUGCAGGAGGCUUUGGUAUGGGUCCACUUCCACUCGAGCGUUCCAGAAUUCAACAAGGUGGAGUGCUGGGGCACACUCAUAGACGCCGCCGCCGCACCUUCUAGUGAAUCAUCAGGCGGGGCCCACCACCAGGAAAUCAAGGGCAAGGGGGAGGAGGCAACUUCUCCAAGCAACUUGGACUUACCAGAGCCGUGCCAAGAGGACUGCGACUGUUGCUUCCCACCAGCGACUUCGAUUGCAUGGUGCAAAUCAAACUAGGGUUGGGACCCACCAGAGCUUUCACGGGCUAACCCAAGAUACAAACUAAACAUUUUUCUCCUUUAGUUUGUUUAAUUAAUGUAAAUAGAUAUAUACCUAUUAGUUGGUGCUUGUCAGUUUGGUCACAGACCAAUCUUGUUCGACAACUGUGAAUUCACGGUGCAUCUUAUCAUCAAAUAUAUGUCCAAAGUUUGCUAACUUAUGUUUUGUAUGGUAUUUAAUCCCAUUACAAAUUUGGUAAAUACAUUAUGUGUUGUUCUAUUAACAUGAGUACAUGUCACAUAUUAUUGAAUACA